CUUUCAAAUAACAAAUCUAUUAUAUCAACAAGUAUAUAUCUGAUUAUUGGAAGCUAAUCUCUAAGGGAUUCGCCUGCGAAGAGGGGAGAAAAGUGAAUGGCGGGGUUGAUGAAUACCAUUCAAGUUGGUCUAUUUCUCGUGAGCUGUCUCCAAGUCAUAUCCGGCAAUCACCAACAUGAAUGUGUGAAAACUGCAGAAGAAUUUUUGGAAACCGAGGUUGACAAGGCUAUCGAAUUUACCGCUUCUGUUGGCGCAGCUGCAUCAUGUGUUGUUCUCAGAGAUGACCACAAGUGUGCGGCAAGCGCACCUAUUACAGGAAACGUGAAGGUUCAACGAAUAGACACAUUAGAGCCGUUUAAAAUAUUGAAAUCGCAAUGCUAUAACCCAACGCAUCAUUGGCUUUGGCAUUAUACACCACUAGGCUUCCCAACUAACGACGUGUUUGCUUUGGUGUCAGAGCAGUUUCACCACAGAGUCCGAUACAAUGUCAGUGUUGUAUGUCGUAAAAACGAGACUUUCACAUUUGAUGUGAUGGCAGGCGAGAGUAAAGAUUUCACACACCUUGUGGAUAUUGCGCACUCAUGUGUGCAAAGCGGACAUGGGGCCAAGGAUUGUGCCUGGAGACGACCUUCUAAGGGAACAGUGGAUGUCAAGGCUGGUGACUUACCCCCAGUUAACCCAUUUGGAAGAACAGAAUGCUAUAAUCCAAAAUUGUUUAAUUGGACAUACCGGGCUGAUGCCACUUCCUCGGGCAUUGACGAAUUUUCACUUAUAUACCCACAAAUAUAUAGCGAGAGGAUAUAUAAAGUCAGAAUAAUUACCCCCAUGAAGCAAUGUGUAGCUGAGACAGAUAAAGAAAUAGUAAACGAUGCAAAAGCUGGCAGCCGAUUGAACAUCUCUGGAAUUGUAUCCGAAAGUGAAUCGUGUACAUACAUGUAUCGGGGAUGCACUGCGUCAAAGCCAACAUAUGGAAAAGUGUUUGUAACUAGUCUCGAAGAUGGUAAAGGUCAUGUUGACUUCGACCCAUUUCAAAAUGAAACCCAGGGCUGUUACAACCCCAGGUUUUAUACUUGGGAGUAUGAGGGAUCUGCAGAUGAGACCGAAAGAGAAUUGCCGGAUGGAUUCUCAGUUGCGUCAGUACAUGCACGGACGAGGAGUAAUUUCAAAUUUAAUCCAGUCUGUGCAGAGGUUGUAAAGCAACUUGAGGUCGAUUUGGAUGAAGAACUAGAUCUAACUCAGUUUAUAAAGACUCCUUCAAAUACUUUCUCAUGUGGAGCGGGGCUUGGUAAUUGCAAUGCAAAUGAACCUUCAAAGGGAAAUGUUUAUAUUGAAAGCAAUGGUGAUGAUACUGAUAGAAAAGAUGUAUACUCAAUUGAUGGAUGUCACCCACCACCAGAAUAUAAAUGGACCUUUGUACCAACCAAAGCUGGACUAGAUGUAUUUGCUCUUGUCGACCACCAUUCGACUAAACCGAAACGACUGGUUUUUGAAGUAAAAAUUAUUCCCUCAGCGUGCAAACGAGCUGGGGCUGCUCUACCAGACAGUACACGUACUUGUGACAGAUACAGAAAUGAAUGUCCAAAUACCUAUCAGUGCUUGAAGAAACAGGCUUGCUGCCGUUACAACAAUGUUCCAAAAUGCACGACCAUAUUGAAUCCAUCGUUUGACCCCACAUGGGAGGUGCCUCACAAAUGUCGAGGUGGGGGUAGUAUUCGAUGUCCCGAGGGAUUUCUGUGUCACUCGGAAGCAGCCAAUCGAUACUCCAUGUGCUGCAAAAAUGUGACAUGCAUCGAUGAGGUAGGACAACCACACCGGCCAGAGGGUGGAAAUUGGGUUAACCCCAUUGACAAGUGCAACGUAUGUUCAUGUCUUGCGAGUGGUACAAUAGAGUGCACAAACAAAACAAAGUGUAGAACGUGCAACGUCCCCAAACACGGCCUCCAGCAAAGAUAUUUUAACUACACCAGGAAUGAUGGAUGUGAACAAUGCCAGUGUAUUUCUAAAGAUGUCACCAACUGCGAGGGACCAUGCCAUUUAGAAAAUGGUGACGUUGGCCCAUGGAGCGGCUUCACUCCAUGUUCUGAUGUGUAUGGAUUUCGAGUAAGAAUUAGGCAAUGUUCCCAUAAAAAUCUUGAAAAUUCCAGUCAAACGUGUUCCGAGAUCGGUAAAGAACAAGAAGUGUGCAAUCCAGAACUCAAGCCAAUGGUGGGGGAGCGUCUUACUGAAGCAGCACCUCUUGUCACCAGUGGAACGGAAGUCUGGCCUAAAGGCAACUUCCGGUGGAUGGCCAGACUGUCAGAACCCGAUCUUCCUUUUGGUUUAACGUGUGGAGGGUCCCUCAUAUCCGAGUCUCAUAUACUCACAGCCGCCCAUUGUGUCUGUUUGUUCUGCAAAUGCGACAAAGACAACAACCUGAUUAUAAAAGGUUGCGAAUCCCGAAUCCUUGUCACAUUGGGGGAUCACAACAGGAAAGCUGUUGAACAGACUGAACAAACUGUAUUAACAAAGACAGUAACAUUGCACCCUAACUUCAAUGCCACCACAAUGGACAGUGACAUUGCGAUUCUGACACUCGAGAGACGCGUGGAGUUUAACGAAUAUGUUCAAGCGGUCAAUUUACCGAAUCAGGGAACAGAAGAUUUAAGACUCUUUCGCAAGUACUGUUCCAUAACGGGUUGGGGGCUAAGUGGCAGAAAAGAGAAACUGGAAUUAAGAGAUGUUUUGAUUACUGCUGUCGCACUAUUGCAUCGUGAUGGAUGUGCCAAUGUGACUUCUUUAAAGACCACAGAGAAUAUGUUGUGUGCGGGCAGACCUGAUGUCGAUGCUUGCUAUGGAGAUUCAGGUGGACCAUUGUCAUGCAGGUUGAGUGGACCCAAUCAUCCGUGGACAAUAUUUGGUAUCAUCAGCUUUGGUAGAAGGCAAUGUGGUAUUGAAGCAGGGGUUUAUACUAACGUUCAGAAUUUCUACAAAUGGAUAAACGAACAGAUAGCAUCUGAAGGAGGCUGGGGAGAAUGGGGACCGUACACGGAAUGUUCCAAACCAUGCGGUGAUGGAACAAGGUUACGAGCACGAGCCUGCACAAAUCCAUUACCUAUUACCUCUGGGAAAUGUCCAGGUGCAGAAACAAGUGGUCAAGCUGUUCAGGUUGAGGAAGAAAGUUGCUCAAAUGAACCUUGUUUAUGAGUAUUGCAUGAUGAAUUGCUAUGAUAUCUUUCAAUACAAAAUAACUCAUCAUUCUCAAAUAUUAAUGUUUCUUCACUAGUUGGAUUUUCUUCCUAUUUUAUACCUAUUUCUAUGCAUGCAAACGGUUUGUAUUUAGAUGUUACAUGUAGCUACAUGUCAUCAAUCAAACUGGGUACUAUGCAAGGUCAAUGCCGGAUUGAGAGGUCAAGUCCACCUGAAUAUCUGUUCAUUCGAAAGGAAGAUCGACAAAUACGUUUUAAAUGUCUCAGAAUAUAUGAAUUUUUGCCAAACUAAGAACUACGUUUUUUGACCACGCUAGUCCUGGAAACUGAUCAGGGAUGUUGGACUGACUAUUCUCAGGCUGACAAUAAUUGUUAUCAUUUCAAGGAUAAUGUGAAAAGUUCCGAUGCAUAUAUUAUCAUACGUUUAGGCAAUCCGUACCA